GGCUCUUCUCCCUCGCCCUCCAUCCCUGCUUCUGUAGCGCUCCCUGUCUCCCGGCAGAAGACGCAGCCAUGAAUCCGUUAUUCGGCCCCAACCUCUUUCUCCUACAGCAGGAGCAGCAGGGCCUGGCCGGGCCGCUGGGGGACCCUCUGGGAGGCGACCACUUCGCCGGGGGAGGGGACGUGUCCCCAGCGCCACUCGCCCCGCCCGGCCCGGCUGCCUACUCGCCGCCUGGCCCGGGCCCGGCGCCCCCGGCCGCCAUGGCUCUCCGCAACGACCUGGGCUCCAACAUCAACGUGCUCAAGACCCUGAACCUCCGGUUCCGCUGCUUCCUGGCCAAAGUGCACGAGCUGGAGCGCCGCAACCGGCUGCUGGAGAAGCAGCUGCAGCAGGCGCUGGAGGAGGGUAAGCAGGGCCGGCGGGGCCUGGCUCGCCGCGACCAGGCCGUGCAGACCGGCUUCGUCAGCCCCAUCCGGCCCCUGGGGCUGCCCCUGAGCGCCCGGCCCGCCGCCGUCUGCACCCCUUCGGCGCGGGUGCUGGGGUCGCCCGCGCGCUCGCCAGCCAGCCCCCACGUGCCCUCCGCGGCCUGCCACUCGUCGCCCUCCACCUCUACCUCCACCUCCUACUCCUCGUCUGCCCGCUUCAUGCCCGGCACCAUCUGGUCCUUCUCUCACGCCCGCCGGCUGGGGCCGGGACUGGAGCCCACGCUGGUGCAAGGGCCUGGCCUGUCGUGGGUGCAUCCCGACGGGGUGGGCGUCCAGAUCGACACCAUCACCCCCGAGAUCCGCGCGCUCUACAACGUCCUGGCUAAAGUGAAGCGCGAGCGGGACGAGUACAAGCGGAGGUGGGAAGAGGAGUACACUGUGCGGGUACAGCUGCAGGAGCGAGUGAACGAGCUCCAGGAGGAAGCCCAGGAGGCUGAUGCCUGCCAGGAGGAGCUGGCCAUGAAGGUGGAGCAGCUGAAGGCUGAGCUCGUGGUCUUCAAGGGCCUCAUGAGCAACAACCUGUCUGAGCUGGACACGAAGAUCCAAGAAAAGGCCAUGAAGGUAGAUAUGGACAUCUGUCGCCGCAUCGACAUCACCGCCAAACUGUGCGACGUGGCUCAGCAACGCAACUGUGAGGAUAUGAUCAAGAUGUUCCAGAAGAAGCUGUCUCUGCACUUGUCUCCCAUUAAGGUCCCAUCCAUGGGGGGGCGGAAGCGGGAGCGCAAGGCUGCCAUCGAGGAGGACACCUCCCUGUCGGAGAGUGACGGGCCCCGCCAGCCCGAUGGGGAUGAGGAGGAGAGCACAGCCCUCAGCAUCAACGAGGAGAUGCAGCGCAUGCUCAGCCAGCUGAGGGAGUAUGAUUUUGAGGACGACUGUGACAGCCUGACUUGGGAGGAGACUGAGGAGACCCUGCUGCUUUGGGAGGAUUUCUCAGGUUAUGCCAUGGCAGCCGCAGAGGCACAGGGAGAGCAGCAGGAAGACAGUUUGGAGAAGGUGAUUAAAGAUACGGAGUCCCUGUUCAAAACCCGGGAGAAGGAAUAUCAGGAAACCAUUGACCAGAUAGAGCUGGAGCUGGCCACGGCCAAGAAUGACAUGAACCGGCACUUGCAUGAGUACAUGGAGAUGUGCAGCAUGAAGCGGGGGCUGGACGUGCAGAUGGAGACCUGCCGCCGGCUCAUCACGCAGUCGGGAGACCGAAAGUCUCCUGCUUUCACUGCGGUCCCGCUUAGCGACCCGCCGCCGCCAAGCGAGGCUGAGGACUCCGAUCGUGAUGUCUCAUCUGAUAGCUCCAUGAGAUAGGGACCUACCUCCAGCUUGGAGCCCUAGGGCCCCACCCUGCUGGGAACUCACCGAGGGGAGGGGUGGGGGUUUCACAGAGGGGAAUAUUAUCCGUCCCACUGCACCAAGCCUCACCCCUGGGGACUGGGGCACUCCUCCCUUGGGCUUCCUGCCUUUAGCCUUGGCCUCCAGGUUUCUAAGGUGUCUGGAGCAAGGCUUAGCUGGACCGUCCCAGGCAACUUCCCCCACAGCAGGGGCUCUCCUGCCUUCAUGUGUGGGUGUCUGCUACUUUCUCAUCUCUAAAAUGCUGCCAGUGAUCGUGGCCCCUUAC